AUGCAUAGAUUCCUUGUAAAGCUAUCUUCUUCGAAUCCAUUAAGAAACUCCAAGAAUCAGCGUCUGAUUCUCCCUCUAUUAGCUUCUUCAAAUCCUUUUACCGUUUCUGGGUCUCCUCCAAUCCCCUCGAACUCGUCGAAUCGAUUCGUUCCUCGAUUUGGGUAUUCUUAUUCCGUCGAUUCGUUUCGAAAUUCGCAAACUUUAAGCUCAAAUUCGACGAAUUUAGGAGUGAAUGGGGGUAGUAGAUGUAUAAGCAGUGAAUCUGGAAGAGAGUCGAUUGAGUACGAUGUUGUGAUAAUCGGAGCUGGACCGGCCGGUUUAUCUGCUGCUAUACGAUUGAAACAAUUGUGUCAAGAGAAGAACACUGAUCUAUCUGUGUGUGUCGUUGAGAAAGGAGCAGAAGUAGGAGCACACAUAAUUUCUGGAAAUGUUUUUGAACCUGUUGCAUUAGAUGAACUUCUUCCACAUUGGAGACAAGAACAGACACCCAUUGAGAUCCCUGCUUCUUCUGAUAAAUUCUGGUUUUUGACGAAAGAUCGUGCAAUUUCACUUCCUUCUCCGUUUGAUAACAAGGGAAACUACGUUAUUAGUUUGAGCCAACUGGUGCGAUGGCUAGGAGGAAAAGCUGAGGAGCUUGGAAUAGAGAUAUAUCCUGGUUUUUCUGCUAGUGAGGUGUUGUACGAUGCAGGUGAUAAAGUUGCUGGGAUUGCAACCAAAGAUAUGGGAAUAUCCAAAGAUGGUUCUAAGAAGGAGACUUUCCAGCCAGGUGUAGACAUAAAAGGGCGAGUUACACUAUUUGCUGAGGGAUGCAGAGGAUCGUUGUCCGAGAAAAUAAUCAAAAAGUAUAAAUUAAGAGAGGAGGUUAAUGCACAACAUCAGACAUAUGCUUUGGGAAUUAAGGAGGUCUGGGAGAUAGAUGAAAGCAAGCAUAACCCCGGAGAAGUUAUUCACACAUUGGGCUGGCCCUUGGAUCCCAAGACAUACGGAGGUUCUUUCUUGUACCACAUGAAAGAUAGACAGGUUGCACUUGGCUUGGUGGUUGCCUUGAAUUAUCAUAACCCUUACUUGAAUCCCUAUGAGGAAUUUCAGAAACUCAAACACCAUCCUGCCAUUAAACGCAUCUUGGAAGGUGGUACUGUGCUUCAGUAUGGAGCUCGUACAUUAAACGAAGGUGGUUUUCAGUCCAUUCCAUAUCCAGUUUUCCCUGGAGGAGCAAUAAUUGGAUGUUCAGCUGGUUUUCUCAAUGUACCCAAGAUUAAGGGAACACAUACAGCAAUGAAAUCAGGAAUGUUAGCAGCAGAGGCUACAUUUGGUGCACUUCAUGAAGGUUUAAACAUGAACACAUACUGGGAUAACCUGAAGGAUUCAUGGGUGUGGAAGGAGCUCUACGCAGCUCGAAACUACCGUCCUGCAUUCGAGUAUGGGCUAAUCCCUGGCUUGGCCGUAAGUGCUAUGGAACACUAUGUACUGAAAGGAAAGGUCCCUUUCACUCUCAAGCACGGAAAAGCAGACCACGAAGCAACAGAUCUUGCUCGGAAAUACACGCCAAUUGAGUAUCCAAAGCCAGAUGGUGUUUUGUCGUUUGAUGUGCCAACUUCUUUAUACAGGAGUAAUACCAAUCACAAUCAUGAUCAACCAUCCCAUUUGCGUUUGAGGGAUCCCAAGAUUCCAGAAAAGGUCAACUUUCCAGAGUAUGCUGCACCAGAGUCACGCUACUGCCCAGCCCGCGUAUACGAGUACGUGGAAGAUGAAGAGGGUAAGCCGAAACUGCAGAUCAACGCUCAAAACUGUUUGCACUGCAAGGCAUGUGACAUUAAAGAUCCAAAGCAGAACAUAGAGUGGACAGUGCCUGAAGGGAGUGGAGGCCCUGGCUAUUCCCUCAUGUAUGAAGCGAGAAGAGAAUCGAUAGAAUACGAACUGUGUCUGGAGAAGAACACUGAUCCGUCAGUAUGCCUUGUUGAGAAAGGACCACAAGUAGGAGCACACAACAUAUCUGGAAGUUUUUCUGAACCUGUGGCACAUUGGAGACAAAUACAGAGUUGCGUUGGAGAUAGAGGAGCUAAAGUUCUUCAUUUGCGAUUGUAUAAGAAUGGGUUAGACAACGAUGUGUACUUGUGCAACAAUCUCAUCAAUGCUUAUCUUGGAACGGGUGAUUCGGUCUCUGCACGUACGGUGUUUGACGAAAUGACUCAGAGGAACUGUGUUACAUGGGCGUGUGUUGUUUCAGGGUAUAGCCGGAAUGGAGAACAUAGGGAAGCUUUAUUGUUCUUGAGAAAUAUGAUCGAAGAAGGGGUUUUUUCGAAUCAAUACGCUUUUGCUAGUGGGCUUCGAGCUUGUCAGGAGUUAGAUUCUGUCGGGAAUCUUUUUGGGAGACAGAUUCAUGGCCUGAUGUUCAAACUUUCUUAUGCAGUGGAUGCAGUAGUUUCUAAUGUCCUCAUAUCAAUGUACUGGAAAUGCAUAGGGUCUCUUAGUUGUGCUCUUCGUGCUUUCGAUGACAUACAAGUUAAAAAUUCUGUAUCAUGGAAUUCGAUUAUUUCUGUAUAUUCACAGACUGGAAAUCAGAGAUCUGCAUUUAAGAUGUUCUCUAGUAUGCAAUGUGAUCAUUCUAGACCAACUGAAUACACUUUCGGUAGUCUUGUAACUACUGCUUGUUCUUUGACUGAACCAGAUGUUAGUUUGCUCGAGCAGAUCAUGUGUACUAUCCUGAAAUCUGGUUUUCUCUCAGAUCUUUUCGUUGGCAGCGGACUGGUGAGUGCAUUUGCAAAGUCUGGCUCAUUAAGUUAUGCUAGGAAGGUUUUUAAUCAGAUGGAGACAAGAAACGCGGUCACUUUAAACGGUCUAAUGGUUGGUCUGGUGCGUCAAAAAUGGGGAGAAGAAGCAACUAAGCUCUUUAUGGAUAUGAAGAGCAUGAUAGAUAUUAGUCCUGAGUCAUACGUAAAUCUCCUGAGCUCAUUUCCUGAGUAUUCUCGAGCUGAAGAAGUAGGUCUGAGAAAAGGCAGAGAGGUUCAUGGACAUGUAAUAACAACUGGCUUAGUUGACUUCAUGGUUGGCAUUGGAAAUGGCCUUGUUAAUAUGUAUGCUAAGUGUGGCUCAAUAGAUCAUGCUAGACGUGCUUUCUGUUUCAUGAUGGAGAAAGAUUCUGUCUCCUGGAAUUCCAUGAUCACUGGUCUUGACCAAAACGGCUGUUUUUUAGAAGCUUUGGAACGCUACCAAAGUAUGAGACGGCAUGAAAUCUUGCCUGGAACUUUCACACUGAUUAGUUCACUAAGCUCAUGCGCGAGCUUGAAGUGGGCAAAAGUAGGACAACAGAUUCAUGGAGAAAGCCUCAAAUUGGGGCUUGAUUUGAAUGUUUCAGUUUCAAAUGCGCUUAUCGCACUGUAUGCAGAGACCGGUUAUCUCAACGAAUGCCAUAAAAUAUUUUCCUUCAUGCCAGAGCAUGAUCAGGUAUCUUGGAAUUCCAUGAUAGGAGCGUUAGCUAGUUCAGAAGGGUUACUACCUGAAGCCGUGGCAUGUUUCUUGAAUGCGCUACGAGCAGGACAAAAACUGAACAGAAUAACCUUUUCAAGCGUUCUUUCAGCUGUGUCAUCCCUUUCAUUUGGGGAACUGGGCAAGCAGAUACAUGCGCUAGCUUUAAAGUACAAUAUUGUAGAUGAAGCAACCAUUGAAAAUGCGCUUAUAGCUUGUUAUGGGAAAUGUGAGGAGAUGGAGGAGUGUGAGAAGAUAUUUUCUAGAAUGUCAGAGAGAAGAGAUGAUGUAACUUGGAACUCGAUGAUCUCGGGGUAUAUACAUAACGAGCUCCUUCCCAAGGCCUUGGACUUGGUAUGGUUUAUGCUGCAGACGGGUCAGAGACUGGAUAAUUUCAUGUAUGCGACGGUUCUUAGCGCGUUUGCUUCGGUUGCAACUCUAGAGCGUGGCAUGGAAGUGCAUGCUUGUUCGGUGAGAGCUUGUUUAGAAUCUGAUGUAGUUGUUGGGAGUGCACUCGUUGACAUGUACUCCAAAUGUGGAAGACCAGAUUAUGCAUUGAGGUUUUUCAACUCAAUGCCUGUGAAGAAUUCAUAUUCGUGGAACUCGAUGAUUUCAGGCUAUGCACGACAUGGGCAAGGAGAAGAAGCUCUGAAGUUUUUUGAAAAUAUGAAGCUCGAUGGCCAAACACCACCUGACCAUGUUACAUUUGUGGGAGUCUUGUCAGCUUGUAGUCACGCGGGUUUGGUUAAAGAAGGGUUUAAACAUUUCGAAUCUAUGAGUGAUUCUUAUGGCUUAGCUCCUAGGAUUGAACACUUCUCGUGUAUGGCUGACUUGCUAGGCCGUGCAGGUGAACUCGAUAAGUUGGAAAAUUUCAUCGAUAAAAUGCCAAUGAAGCCUAAUGUUCUCAUAUGGAGGACUGUACUUGGAGCUUGUUGCAGAGCAAAUGGUCGAAAAGCAGAAUUAGGGAGGAAGGCAGCAGAAAUGCUUUUUCAAUUGGAGCCAGAAAACGCUGUAAAUUACGUGCUACUUGGUAACAUGUAUGCUGCUGGAGGAAGAUGGGAAGAUUUGGUAAAGGCGAGAAAGAAGAUGAACGAUGCAGAUGUGAAAAAGGAAGCUGGUUAUAGUUGGGUCACUAUGAAGGAUGGAGUCCACAUGUUUGUUGCUGGGGAUAAGUCGCACCCAGAUGCUGAUUCGAUCUACAAGAAGCUCAAGGAUCUCAAUAGAAAGAUGAGAGACGCAGGUUAUGUGCCACAGACAGGAUUCGCCCUGUAUGAUCUAGAGCAAGAGAACAAGGAAGAGAUUCUAAGCUAUCACAGCGAGAAGCUCGCUGUAGCUUUUGUUCUCACAACCCAGAGGAGCUCUACCUUGCCCAUUAGAAUAAUGAAGAACCUUAGAGUUUGCGGUGAUUGCCACUCUGCUUUCAAGUAUAUAUCAAAGAUCGAAGGGAGACAGAUAAUCCUAAGAGAUUCAAACAGGUUUCAUCAUUUUCAAGACGGUGAAUGUUCAUGUUAA